AUGGAUAGAUUGCUUCGACCGGAAAGGUUUGAUGUUGAACCUACCGCACCACAAGCAUCAGAAAAGUGGCUACACUGGUAUGAAACCUUUAAAAACCUUUUAUCUGUUGUUACCAUAGAAAACAUUGAUAACAAGAAGCUAUUAAUAAACUACAUUUCGCCAUCGGUGUACCAGAUGAUAAGUGACAAAGAAACACAUGAAGAUACAAUUCAGUCACUAAAUAACAUCUACAUUCAGCCUAAGAAUGAAGUAUUCGCAAGGCACAAGUUAGCCACAUGUAGACAGGAACAGGGUUUAAGUUUUGACGCCUUUCUUCAGAAACUCCGCAGUCUAUUAAAGGACUCCAACUUCAAAGCCGUGACAGCUGAGCAGCAUCGUGACGAAUCCAUACAUGAUGCAUUUAUCACAGGAAUUACCUCCAACAGUAUUAGAAAACGCCUUCUAGAGAAAACAGAUUUAAAGUUGAAGGAUGCAUUUGAGGAAGCCAGAGUACUUGAACAUGCCUUUCAACAUUCGUUGUUGUACGAGUCACAGCCAGAAACGGACUUGUGGGGCUACUACAAAUACUAUAAGAGAAUACUCUGCUGA